AUAUUGCAGUACCGCCGAAAAAAUACCGCCGUACUCCAGUACCGGCAAAACGGUACCACCAUACUACAGUCUUGCCCUCUAGAGUAGCAUAGGGCACUGUCUUCGACGCCAUUUCGCGCAGAUCAGUGGUUCGAGUCCAACUGGCGUGCGUCUUUGUUCACGUUUUUUCUUUUUUCUUUUUCUCUUUCGUCAUUCACAUAUAUAUAUAUAUUUUUGGUUCUGCCUUGUUCCUUUUCGGCGGAACCUCUUUCAUCUGUCGCCGAUCGUCAGCUGUUCGAACACACCCAUCACACACGCAGCACUUGCCCCAGCGCCCAGCAGAGCAAUGAGCGCGUUAGAGGGGAAUCCCGGUGCUACUAGUAGUGUAGGAGAUGGGUCUGCUGCUUUGUCGGUGGCGCGUGCUGCCGGUGAUUCUGUGGACGGGAGCGAUUCUGUGGAUGUGGAAUCGGUGGCUACGAGGGAACCAGAGCUGCAAUCCUCAAGCGAGUCUCGCACCAUGGUAAAUGCGGGCCGCGGCCAGUCAAUUUCGGUCACACUCAUGGAGCCUCAGUAUGGCAAAAGGAGGUUGACAGCUUGGUGUUGGCAGGUUAUGAGUAGGUUCACCCCGUCCAUCAACGACAAGAACGUGGUGUGUUUGGUGAAGAAGAAGGAUGGGACAACCUGCAACCACCUCAUGAAGUGGACUCCAUCAGAAGGCAAGCAGCGAGGGUCGGGAACAACUGGCUUGACCAAGCACAUCGAGAAAUUUCAUCCCACUACGGCCCAGAAAAUAAAGGAGGAAGAAGGCACGCAGGCGGAAAGGAAAGAGUCUAUUCAAGCGGCGAUCGCGGGGGAUUCAUCAGCAGGUUCAUCAACAGCUUUACCAUCAGCAAGCGCAUCGAGCUCAUCGUCGCUGGUGAACUACAUGGUGCCGAAGUUGGACAAGAAACGGAGGGAGAUGGCUGACCUCCGUUUCGUGAUCUGGUGCUGCAUCAACCUAAGGCCGCAGCAGAUGCGGCACGACGAUGGCUUCAAGCUCUUCCUGGGCGCUCUAUCCCCCGACUACGUGGAGAGCACAAUGUCCAACGACACCUUCGACAAGAACUUGGACACUCUAUACAGCAGGGUAAAGACAAGCAUCGUGGACGACUUGCGGACGUUACGGGAGGAGUGUCUGGGCAUGGGGUAUUCGGGAGCUUUCCUUGGUGCCCAGCUGGAUCUCACGACAGUGGCCGGCGAGGAGUACAUCACCUUCACCGUGUCGUACGUGGAGAAGGGUAGCACGGAUGUUACCCGAGUCGCCCUUGCGUGUCGAGCGUUUCCCGGCACCCACACUGCCGACGACAUCAGUCCCUGGAUCGAGGAGCUCACGCGAGAGUACUUUGCGGACUUCAUGGGGGAGGACGUGGAGCCGAAGGACGUGUUCCUCGCUUUUACGGUGGAUCAAGGGGGGAACGUUGUCAACGCUUGUAAAGCGUUGGGCGUCCCGGUCGUCAAGUGCAACUGUCACCGCGUCAACACGGCAGUCUUGUGGGCUUUGGGAAUUGCGGGGAAUGGGCGUAGGAACAAGGUGAUGGGCGACCUGAUGAAGAAGCUGGCAGCGUUGGUCGGCGUCUUCAGCCACUCCGCCGUCAACAACGACAAGCUGAAGGAACUCCAGAGACUGGAGGAGGAUCUCCACGCUGUGUACCAGCUCAUCAGGCGAAAUGACACGAGGUGGACCAGCCAGUUCAAGAUGAUGGAUCGCCUUCUAGCCUUGAAGAAGCCUAUCACCGAGUACUUCCGAGAGCAACCCCACAACUCGCGAAAGCUGACACAACCUGAGUGGACCAUCACCAACGAGGUGUGCAGCCUCCUGAGCGACGUCUCCGAGGUCACGAUUCGGAUGCAAGGGGCCAAGGACACCCACAUCAGCCAGGCGAUGUUCAUCAUUCAUGAGGUGAUGGAGAUGCUGAGGGAGGACAGCCACCCGAUCCGGGCGCAGAACGCCACCGAACCGGAAGAGAUGCAGGUGCUGGAGCUUUCCUCGGCGGCGCAGGGGGUGUUAGAGGUGCUGCUGGACGUGAUGGAAGAGAAGCAGGUGGGGAAGGCUGUGCAGCAGGUGGAGCGGCUGUCCGCGUUGAUGGACCCAAGGCGGAAGUCGCUUGACGGCGCAAAACUCGAAAAUGGUUCUGCGACUCUCAGGAAGAAGGCUGAAGAGGACUUGAAGGCGGUCAUCGCCCAGUUCGACGUGCAGCCGUCCGAGCCUGCACCGGCGCCAGCGCCAGUGCUCAACGUGGACCCGGUGGAACCCGCAUCCAAGAGGAAGAAGCUUUCGAGAUUGGAGGAACGGCGCGCGGCACGUGUGGCGGCAGCCAGCGAUGGUGGUGCGAGCGGUUCGGUCCAGGCUCAGGGUUCCGCCACGAACCGGCGCGUGCUGAUCGAGCGAGAGGUAUUGGUGUACUUGGCGGAGACGGAACAGGUGGAGGUGGAUGACUUCAACGUCCUGGGGUUUUGGAAUCGGCGGGGCACUGACAGCGUAUGCUCGACGACUGGCAACGUCACAUCCCCGGCAGAAAUGCCCUACCUAGCGUUCAUCGCUCGGUUGUUCCUCGGGAUCGAGGCGAGCAGCUGUCAGGCCGAGCGGAACUUCUCGGCGCUCAGCCACCUGAUCGGCCACCUGCGCUGCAACAUGCUCUCACGGAAGGUUGAGCGCAUGAUGUUGAUUCGGCUCAACAGGCACUUGGUGGACGAGGUCCGCGAAUUGGACGCUGCUGUUUCCCUGGCACGAGCUAAGGCAGCCAAAAGCGCACAGAAAUCAGUGGCCUGUCAAGAGGAGAGGGCGAACAAGUCGAUUGACCUUAGCUUGUAGACGAGGGUACCCAAGUGCACUGUAGUCUGGGUUAGACUAUGCAGGGUGAGAAUUGAUUGAUCUUAGCGUUUUAGAUGCUAUCACGAAUUGCCAUGUGAAGUGUUGACUUCAAUCUGUUGUCGUUCUACAACAAGUUAUGCUUCUGUUUCCCGUGGCAUUCGACGGAUCGCGUUUUGGCGCACUCUUCUCUUUUUGCAUUUUCUUUCUUCUUUAGGUUGCCUUUCGUUUGUCCAUGAACAGCUCGAUUUGACCAUGGGUAUGCAUCGCAUCGUGAAAUCACGAAAUCAUAUGGGAGAUGCAGGCUCUCAAGCGUACAUACAAGAGACAAAAAGCGACCCAUCCUGAAAGAGAGGAAAGAGGUUCGCCGGUUGAUGGGGCGCCAAGGGCACCGAAAUGUAGUUUGGCAUCGCCAUAUUUUAUAUUUUAUAUUUUAUAUUUUGAUAUUCUGGUCUACUCGCAACCCUCGAAGGCGGUGCCGCCAUAUUUCAGUACCGCCACCAAAAAACCGCAAUAUUUGGCAGUACCGGGAACCGCCGGAGACGGUACCGCCAUAUUUCAGUACCGCCAGAAAAAUACCGCCGAAAAAACGAAGUACCGGGAACCGCCAAAAAAAUACCGCCACUUACUUUGCAGUACCGCCAAAAAAGUACCGCCACAUUCGGG